AUGUCGAAUGCGCCCGCACGGUGGUGCCCGCGCUGCCAGGCCGCGAGAUGUGCUCUCGCGCUGCUCGCACUCGCGCCCGCGCUCCCGGUGCGCGCCGCGCCCGCAGCGCCGUCGCUGCAUGAGUACGCCAGACGAGAUGCGGGACCCGCCGCUGUUGCGAUAUGGGAGACGGCACAGGGCGCGUGGGACUUGUAUCCCUCCACCCGCUCCAGCAGCAUAACAGAGUGUAUUCCUGCCAUACGGACGACUGUAAAGUCGGGCUACGAAGCCUGCUCUUUACACUUGCUACCUAUGCGGGACGAGGUAUACGGGCGCACGUCUGCCGCCCCUAAUUCCGUCCUGCUCGGUUGCACCGAGGCUUCCCAUUCAUUGUCGCUGCCAGAGAUCCCGAUUCUGGGCGCCAUCGUCGUGGUCAUAGUGGGCUCUGCGAUCUACUACCGCCUCCGCCAUCCACGCCCCCAGCCAACGACAGCAACCCGCACUGCCCAGGCACAAACAACAACAACGACCGCGCCGACGCUCGCGACGCGCCUGCGGACGUGGAGCUCGCGCCCGGUGAUGGUGCGCGGCGCAGGCCAGCAGCCGCGCGAACUCACCGCCGAGCAGCUUGCCGGGGGCGCGAUACCGGGGCGCCGCCGGAGGGGCCCGGGCAGCGCGACGGCGUCGAUGCGCUCGACGCGGUCGCUGCCGCUGUACAUGAAGGAGCCGGGCGAGCAGGAGGUCGUCGUCUUCCGCGCGGAAGCGGAGAUCGGCGCAGACGGCAGUGUGCGCGCGAGCAUGCUCCUCCCGCCCGUCGCGGAGGGCCGCGAGCGCACCCUGGAUGCGGAUAUGGACAUGCGCCGCACGAGCGUGUCCAGCUUCGCGGGCCCCGACACGCCGCUGCUCGAUGGCCUCAGCGAGCAGCAGUCGCCAUCCGCGACCCCGUCCCCGCAGCCGCCGCACCAGCAGCCCCGCAUGCGUCCCAGCCUCGAGACCAUGGGCGGCGGCAGCUCGGAGGCGGAGGAGCCCCUGAUGGAGGGCGCGCGCGCACAGGAGGAGCGCGAGCGCGAGCAAGAAGAACACGAGCGCGGGCCUGCGCCACCUUACGUUGAGGCCGUCAGCCGCGACAGCGGCGUCGCGUUCGACUCCACGGAAGACGGACACGCGAGCCCCGCGACCACGUCGUUACCCCCCGCCGGGCCGACGCCGGACCAGAUGAAGUUCCUCGCGAGCGUGGACUCGUUCAAGAAGUUCGGCGUGCCGUACGGCCCGGACGCGGUCGCGUACGCGGCGAGCGUGAGCCGCGUGGACCUGGCGCAGCCGCCGCCGGUGUUUGAGGAGGUCGUUGGGGAGGGCGCGGGCGCGGGCGCGAGCGGGGGGACGCAUAGUAGGUCGACGUCCGGGUCCGGGUCUGAGAGCGUUGUACACGACGGGAUGCCGGUGUCCUCGAAUGAGCCAGACUCGGGGCCGUCCCCGCAGGCGGCACCUGCGUCGGACGAGACGUCACCGCCUGCAGAUAUAGAGCAUGCGCCGCCGGAGUCCGAGGCUCAGUCCAGCGCCCUCGAGUCCCCGACGGCCCCCGAGUCCAGUUCUCCGGCAGCACCAGCGCCCGCGCCCUUGACCGCGGAGGACGUCAAGAAGAUCCUCCGCUCGGCGGUGCCGCCGACGUCGUACAAGCCCAAGACGCCGAUCUCGCCGCUGUCGACUGCGAGCUCGCGCGCGACGUUCGCUACCGCGGAGGAGUCACUGCAUGGCCCGGGCUCGCCGGACACCGUCACCGAGAUGGGCGCGAAGCCUGCGAUCGUGGUGAUGGGCGAGGAGGAUGCCGUCGAGUCCGCCGUGACGCCUACAAUUGCUGUGGGCAUUGGCGAGAAAACAAUACCACAUCUUGUCGCCACUGAUGCGGCCGACGAGCAUGCGAAUGCAUCUAAGGAUGUCCCAUCGUCAUCAGGCUCAACAGGCCCGCCUCAAGACACACCACCAUCAGGUGCCGAGGGAUCCUCCCAUGACACCACCAAAUGGCCCCUUGCGAAGGAUCCUCUUGCUCCUCCUGACUUGCUUGUCGACGGAGACUUCCGCCACAACUGGAGAACGGUGUACGUCAACCUGUCACUACUUACAGAACUUGCUGCUUACAACUUGAGUUUUCGCCGUCGUCCAGACCGCUUCCCAUACACCUCCGACACGUACAUGAAUCCACAAAACCUGUGGACGUUUGCCUGCACCAAAAUCAGCAUUCGAAGACACUGUGUCCGCUUCUGUCCGAGUCCCAACUUCGAAACAUUCACACGGCUCUUCCACCGCACGCUCAACAGUGCAGUACAUUCCAUAUCGCAGUCAUCCAUCGACGUAGGCAGGUCUGGCCUGUACGCUGGUCCCGGAUACACUUCUUUCAAUAUGCCAAGCACCACCCUUCCCCUCGUCUCUCAUUUACAAAGACCCGCCGUGACGAAGGAGACCUUGGAAUAUGCAGAUCUAGCCAUCAUUGACCUCUCCAUUGCGCGUACCUCUGAGGGUCGCGCGGGACUCGCUCUCCAGAUGCGUGAAGCUAUGUCCACUCAAGGCUUCUUCUACGUCGUCAAUCACGGUCUGACCCAAGCUCAGAACGACCGCAUGUUCGAUAUCGCAGACGUGCCGUUCACUCAAGUGGGUGGCGACGAGAAGAGAUUGCUGUUGGCGCUCGGAUUAGAGUUACCGGAAGAGACGUUUGUGGAAAUGCACGGCUUCGAAGACGACAAUGAGACUGCUGACAGCGGAAGCGUGUCGAUCCUUUGGAGCCAGCCAAUCUCUGCGUUACAGAUUCUUUCGCCCGAUGGAAAGUGGCGAUGGAUCAGGCACGUCGAUAAUGCUCUGGUCAUCAAUGCCGGGGAUGCCAUCGAGUUCCUCUCCGGUGGAUUCUACAAGGCGACAAUCCAUCGUGUGGUUCAACCUCCGGCCGACCAGCGAGGGUAUGCGCGCGUCGGUGUCUUCUAUUUCGCAAAGGCAAACGACGACAUCAAACUGAUACCCUUGUUCGAGAGCCCUGUGCUGCAGAGGCACGGGAUCAGACGGCUCAGCCCAGACGACCAGGCGCCGACAAUGGGGGAGUGGCGGAAAAGCCGUACUAAGGCCUACGGCGUGACGAAGCUCGAAACGAAGGUCAAUGGGGUCGAAGAAGAGAUUUUUGGGAAUAUCGUCGUCAAGCAUUACAACUAG